AUGUGUACAGAGUUGAGAGCGGAAUAUGAGAAAACAAUACAUGAGCUAAUAUCAAUGGGACAUAUUGUAAAAGCCGAUCAGAAAAAACAGGGGAAGUAUUAUAUGCCACAUCAAGCGGUUGUACGCGAAACACGCCGUACCACAAAAGUUAGAGUCGUGUUCGAUGCAUCAUCGAAAACAUCGAAUGGAAGGCCGUUAAACGAUAUACUUCAUACGGGUCCAAAGCUACAGAAAGACAUAUUCGACAUAAUCACCAAAUGGAGAUUGUGGAAGUUUGUUAUAUCAGCCGAUGUGGAAAAGAUGUUCCGACAGAUUAGAGUUGAAGAGGAAGACCAGGACUACCAAUAUGUACUCUGGAGAGAUGGAAAGUCCGAGCCCGUACAACAAUAUAAACUCACCACAGUCACAUAUGACACAGCGCACCUUUUUUGGCAAUAA